ACGGGGGUUGGGACGCGUCGCGUACGAAUCUCGCGCUUGUGCGCGUCUAUGUUUCUGACCAGUCAAAGAGACCGCCGUGAAAAAGAGAAAGAAAGAGAGAAAGAGGGAGAGAAAAAGAAAGAGAGAGAGAGAAAGAAGGGGGAGUGAAUUUAGGAUCUUUAAAAAUGGUUUCCACUUGGAAGGAUGUCUCGAGCAAAAUAGUGAAUAACGUGUCUGGAAAUUUGAUCGAUUAAAUUCAAUGAAAUCACGUUAUUCUGUAAUUUUCUUUCAUAUUUUUUGUUAUUAUCGAACAUAAGUUUCAAUGUAUUAGUAUCGGACGUUUAAAAAAAUAGUUUCAAGUGGUUAUUCUUUUUUGCGAGUAAUUCAAACGAUUUAGUGAUCAUUUUCUAACGAGAAAGAAGAUAAAUUCCUGUUCACCACGAGGACGAGGGCGAGGGCGACUCUCAGUGACCUCUGGCGAUAAAACGAUCAUGACUGUUUGGAAAAGAGGGUUGAACGCCGCGUGUAUGCUGAAACAUUAGCGUGAAUCGGUUUCUCUCUCUCUCUCUCUCUCUCUUACUCUUUUUCUCUUUCUCCAUCUUUUUCUUUCUCACUAAUACGAUCCGGUUUCGGUGGUAAAAGAUCAACGUAGCUCACCCACCUUCGCUUUGGUCAUUUAUUGAGACCACUGAUGAAAAAGGAGACCGAUCGUAUCCCGGUGAACUUCGUGAGGACCUAGUUCAUGUGAAUGGCACGAAGUCGAGGAAAAAGGACUACGAGACACGACAAGCUAUUCUAAAUCCAGCCACGUGAUAUAUUCCUUUCUUUGUCCUUCCUUUUUAUCUUUUAUUAUCCUCCCUUUUCCAUGUCUCUUUCUUUCUCUUUGAAUAUUUUAUUUAUCACACUCACAAUCUUUCCAGCUUCCCCCUUAAACUGUGUUUCACUGAACAUUAGUGAUCACGAAUGAGGAUAGGUUCGUCGAAAAGAAAUACAAUAAUAGGAUAAAGAUAAAAAUAAAAUAAAUGAAAUAAUUAUAAUAAUAAUUCUUAUACCUAUAAACGGCAAAAUAAGUGUCAUUAUCAAACACAUUCGAGAUAGAGAAAGCCAAGGAUGGCGAUAAAAAGUCGCGAAACUAAAAGAGAGAGACGACGUGGCUUUGAAUUCUUUUACCUUCCUCGUCUCAACGUUGGCAACUACGUGCGAAGUAAGACAACAGUGAGAUCUUAUUGCAAGUCUGUCCGAUCGAUUGAGACCGGCACCAAUAAAAUCGGCUACAACGGAACCAGAAACGGCGGAAUCAACGAUAGCAACGGCUUCGACUGCACUUAUACCUCUUCGAUCAGUGGUAUUAUCAGAGACAACAAAAAUAACCAAAACAACAUUAAUAACAACAAAAACAACUACAUCAACAUCAACAACUUCUACUUCUUCUCCGGAAGUGGUUACACCGAUUGAGAGAGAUCAACGUACUAGAUUUCUCGUAUGCUCUCUCUUUGCCUCUAUUCCUCGCACGAUUCGUGACAAACAAAUACAGAGGACGAGUUUAUCUCGCAGGAUGGAUUCGUGCGGGAUCUACUUGUCUCAGCUACGAGCAAUGCUCGUGAGAAAUCUUCUGCUGAAGAAACGUGAAAAGCGGAAGACCACCGCGGAGAUCUUCCUGCCUCUUUACACUUUAGGAAUUCUAAUAGUGAUAAAGGUGUUGAUACCUAAUCCAAAUUAUCCUGCAAUGACGACGAGAAGGCAUGAAGAAAGUAUAUUCGAGUUAUUUAAUGGUUAUAAGAAUAAUACGAUAGCUGUGGUACCUAAUUCGACAGAAACUCUCACCUUCUUAAAUUCGAUGAACACGCUAUGGUUGUCUAUGUGGGACCGCUCUACGAAAUUACCUUUGAAUUUCAUGAUAUUCGAUACGAAAGAUGAUCUACAGGCAGCUUAUUGGAGAGAUCCAUACAGUAUACCUCUGGCUGUGAUCUUCGAGGACUCUCAACCGAUCUCUCAACGUCUUCUAUACGAGAUUAGAACAAAUCCAUCGUAUACGUCACCUCCUUCGCCUACUGAACUCUAUUCCGCUCCGGUUACUUGCCGAAAGGACACCAGCCAUUGGAUGGGUGACGUUCUGUCGAUAGAAACUGGCGGAUCAUGUCCCGUGAUUAACUACUUGCAUUCUGGCUUCCUAGCUUUGCAAAUGCUAAUGGAUAUUACGAAGAUAAGGCUUGACACGCAAAACAUCGAAGUAACCAUUCCGGAUAUAACAUUAGAAAUGUUUCCGAAAGAAGCAUUUACCGCUGAUUGGAUGUUGGCUUUUAGAGUGGUUAUUCCUUUGUACAUGGUCUUAGCACUUUCACAGUUCAUUACUUAUCUCUUGAUAUUAAUCGUCGGUGAAAAAGAGAAUAAGAUUAAAGAAGGAAUGAAAAUUAUGGGUCUUAAGGACUCUGUAUUUUGGAUAUCCUGGUUCAUUAUCUACAGUAUCUUUGUAUUGUUACUUUCUGCAGUCGCAGUUAUAUUACUCUUCACUCUACAAAUGUUUCAGCAUACGCACUUUUUACCGAUAUUUCUCCUUGUAGUACUUUAUAGUUUUUCCGUCAUCAUGUUUGCCUUCAUGAUAACACCAUUCUUUGACAAAUCUCGAACUGCCGGUGUCCUUGGAAACUUUGCAGUAACGAUACUAAGUUUGAUGUACUUCAUUCAAGUAUUCGUAGACGAUUCUAGCUCGAUCUCAUUUUGGUUGGUAUCACUUAUAAGUCCUACGGGUGUUGCAUUGGCCAUGGACAAGGCCUUAGUCCUGGACUUACUAGGAGAAGGAGUCAAUUUUGAUAAUCUUUGGUCCGGUCCUGGUAUGCCUUUCGGGGGAAGUCUCAUUAUGAUGACUUUAGACAUAUUCUUAUAUGCUUCCUUAGCAUAUUACUUGGACUCGGUUAUUCCAAGCGAAUACGGUACGAAAAGACACCCGUGGUUCUGUUUCACGCCAGGAUUUUGGUGUCAACGUAAAGUUCAAAGGGUACCAUCGUCUAACGGGGAAUCCAAUUCGUUUAUACCCGGCGAGGAAACAAAUCGAGACGUUGAACCGGUUGUUCGUGAGAUGAAAGGAAGAGAAGCGAUUAGAAUCGUAGAUUUAUUUAAAUCUUAUCAGAAAUGUCGCAAGCCUGAAAUUAAGGCAGUCAAUGGUAUCAAUCUAACGAUUUAUGAGGGACAAAUAACAGCUAUACUGGGACACAAUGGUGCCGGUAAAACCACGUUGUUUAAUAUACUCACGGGAUUGACAUCGCCAACAGCCGGUACAGCUUUGAUUUUUGGAUAUGACGUACGAGAUUCAAACGAUAUGCAGGUGAUUAGAAGUAUGACAGGUGUAUGUCCUCAGCAUGACAUUCUGUUUGAUCUUUUAACACCUAGAGAACAUCUCGAAUUUUUUGCUGCUGUACGUUGCAUUCCAAAAUCGAUGAUCGAAUAUGAGGUAAAGAAAACGUUAAAAGAUAUCGAUUUGGUUGAAAAAGCAGAUACUUUUGCAAAAUACUUAAGUGGUGGUCAGAAGAGAAAACUCUCAGUAGGUAUCGCCAUUAUCGGUGACCCUAAGAUCAUUAUCCUUGAUGAGCCCACAGCUGGAGUGGAUCCAUAUUCAAGAAGACAAAUGUGGUCUUUCUUGCAAUCCAGAAGGCAUGGUAAAGUCAUUCUUUUAACGACUCAUUUUAUGGACGAAGCAGAUAUAUUAGCUGACAGGAAAGCAGUUAUAAGUAAAGGAAGAUUGAGAUGUUGCGGUAGUUCAUUGUUCUUAAAAAACAAAUUUGGCAUCGGUUAUCAUUUAACUCUCGUACUCGAAGGUAACGCUAGGGAACAUGCGAUAGCGCGAUUAGUAUCGUCUCACGUAACGAAAGCCGAAAAAGCAAGACGUCAUGGUCGUGAAUUGAGCUUCAUCUUGCCUCAUAAUUCAGUGGAAAAUUUCGCCUCACUUUUUUCGGCUAUCGAGCACGAAAUCAAAACGAGAUCGAGUAGGUUGGGUAUCAGUAGUUAUGGAGUAUCUAUGACGACCCUGGAAGAAGUAUUUUUACAUCUGGAAAAAGACGAGGAAACGGAGUGUACCAUGGAUAAUCUGUCUAAGAAAAUGGUUCGUAAUCGUGCACUUAGUAGAUCGUUGUCCUUGCAGUCGAAAAGUACAUCGUACCAGAGUUUACAGAACGAAGGUGUUAUCGUUCAAAAUGAUGGUCAAGCAAAAGGAGCAGGUGAUCUACCAGAUGGAAUUCACAAUGAUAGGAAUCCUCCUGUUCUCGGCCUUGGCUUAGACCCCAUCAAAAUUCGGCCUAACUUCCUUCAAAUUCUUUACGCCAUGCUACGCCUAAGGAUACUCAGGCUGUUUAGAAACAUUCAACUACUUUACUUCACCAUCAUUGCUCCUCUUGCUCUCAUAAUCCUCGGUCUCUACAUAAACAGUAUUCAAACGGUCGAUCUUAAAAUGCAAUCUCUUGAACUUAAUAGUGACACCUACGGCAAUAAGACGAAAAUUGUAUAUGUGAAUAAUACCAAAGUUGACAUAACGCUUUUGAUGGAUGGUAUAAGUCAAGAUGUUAAGCACGUCGAUGAAUACGAUGGAAAUUUCGUUAGUUUGUUGAAAAGCGCACCACACAUGGCAGCAUUUAAUAUCAAUGAAUAUAACUUUCCUAAAAUAGGUUUAACGAUCGUAUAUAACGAUACUAUGCAACAUUCCUUACCCAUCUUAUUGAAUGUACUUUUAAAUACUUAUUAUAGAUUGGUAGCUGGAAGGGACGAUGUUACUCCAAUUGAAGUAAAGACUCAUCCGUUUCAACAGACAUCACAGCCACAAGAAUUUAACGUAGGCAUUGCUAGCUCAGCAUUAUUAAUUGGAAUGGAUUUUGUUUUAUUACCGAUCACGUUAGCAGUUGAUAUGGUUUACGAUCGAGAAAUAAAAGCAAAGAAUCAAUUGCGCGUCAAUGGUCUGUCAUUUCCAAUGUACUUCCUUUCCUAUUUCAUUGUCCUCGUCGGCCUGAUGACAUUUAUUUGUUUAUGCAUCGUCGGCAUUAUAUUUCUUUUUGACGUGCCUUCGCUUCAAGAACCACCAGCACUCAUCACCCUUGGUGUCCUAUUGAUGUUAUACUGCCCUUCGUCUAUUCUAUUCUCGACAUGUUGGAGUUAUAUCUUUGAUAAGAUGGACUCUGCACAAAGUAUUUUACCCAAUAUUGCAACAUUCCUUGGACUUAUACCGUUUCUGCUUGUCGUCAUAUUAGACAUGCUAGGCGUCGGUGGUACAGCAGCAUUCGCUUUGCACGUGGUUUUUUCUCUGUUAAAUACCAUGUACGUGCCCUUCGCAGCGGUAUACUAUGUAGAUCGCGUCCAUUUAAUGUGCUCCAUCAAUGCUGCUUGCCAUCAUUUAACGAUGUCGGACUAUCUUACUACAGAGAUCAUUUUAAUGGCCGUUGGUGUACUCUUACAUUGUCCAUUAUGGUUCUUUGUCUUGCUAUUAUUGGACAUCAAGAAAAGCGGUGGUAACGUCAGCGAUAUCUUUAAACACUUCCUGAGAAAUGGUGGUUCUAUUGGCGAGGAGAUCAUGGAAAAUUCCGAUAUAGGCGAACACGAAGAUUCUGACGUUAAAAAUGAAAGACAGAGAGUGUUUAAUCUUAUUACGUCACCUUCCGUUCAACAACCACCUGUGGUACUAGUGCAGAAUCUACGGAAAGAAUAUCGUCAACGAGAAGCAGUUUCUUGUAGCUGUUGUACCAAACGGGAGGAAGAAGCAACACCACAAAUGCAACAAAAAGUCGCCGUACGAAAUCUAUCAUUGGCCGUUGAGCCAGGCGAAGUAUUCGGACUGUUGGGUCAUAACGGUGCCGGUAAAACUACCACAAUGAAGAUUAUUAUUGCAGAGGAAGCAGCGACACGUGGUAGAGUACAAAUUGGCGGAAACAGUAUUCACUCUCACAUUGCAGAAGCAUUCAGACAAAUGGGAUAUUGUCCUCAACACGAUGCCCAAUGGAAAAACAUUACGGUACGAGAACAUUUGGAAUGUUAUGCAGCCAUUCGUGGUGUACCUUGGGGAGAGAUUAACAGAAUUGUUGAUCUCUAUUUAUCCGGUCUUCAAAUACAUGAACAUGCCGAUAAACAAACUCAAGAAUGCUCAGGUGGUACUAGAAGAAAACUCAGCUUUGCAAUGGCAAUGGUUGGAGGACCAAAGGUUGUUUUAAUGGAUGAGCCCAGUACGGGUAUGGAUCCUAGGUCAAAGAGAUUCCUAUGGGAUACCAUUCUUGCUAGUUUCCAGGGCGGUCGAGGAGCAAUUCUUACAACUCACUCAAUGGAAGAAGCAGAUGCAUUGUGUUCCAGAGUCGGUAUAAUGGUCAAAGGUGAACUGAGAUGUAUAGGUUCGACGCAACAUCUUAAAAAUCUUUACGGUGCUGGGUACACUUUAGAAAUGAAACUUUUGGGUGGCGACUGCACCCCAACUACGCCUUCCAGUGAUAGAUUAUCUGCAUUAAAAGAAUUCGUUGCUGGUCUCUUUCCUGAUGCAACUGUAGAAGAAAGUUUUGCAGACAGAUUGGUAUUUGCCGUUCCUCAACACGCAGUGAACUCGCUGGCCGAGUGUUUUAUGCAGUUGGAGAAGGCCAAGCAAGAGUUGGAUAUUGAAGAGUACAGUUUCAGUCAAACUACGCUGGAACAGGUGUUUCUUAAGUUCUCUCAUUACGAUGAGAGCAAUAGUGGUGAAUGACGAUCUAGAUAUUCAGUGUGUUAGUAUCCCGUUUUUAAUUAUGAACUUGCUAUACUUUCAAGAUUGCUCAAUAACGCGCGAGAGUAUUAAAAGUAAUUGUUUUUAUCUCUACGAAUGAAGAAAACCGAAACGAAAAUGAUAUUAAAAAAGUUAUUUACGUUGUGAGAAAAACAAUAUCACGACGAUCGGAUAAUAUUGCACUAAAAAUGCGAGUACGAGCGAUGUUAAAGAAACAAAAAAAAUUAUUUUCUUUCCAUAAGUUCAUAGUUUAAUAAUUUACAAAAUUAUAAUAAUCGUCUAUCCUUUAUUGAUAUAUUUUUAUUAUUAUUAUUAAUUAUUAUCUAAACAUUACAUCACAAUGAUUCAUUACAUGCACGACCUUUUCCUCUAUGAGGAUUCAGUGGCAUACAUUAAAAUGUUUUUAUCUAAUAGGAAGGGUAGUAUUGUCCCAAAUCUGUAAUUGAAUUUAGAUUAAACUCGUAUUCUUGUUAAAUAAAUCAUUCAAAGGAUAUUGUAUAUACAUUAUCUUGAAAUAUGCUUUUGUUAGUACUAUAAACCAUGUAACACAUAAUUGCACAAUUAAAGAAAAGCAACUAUUUAAUACGAAAUUUUCGCUGUCGAAAUAUAAGCUAACAUACAAUAAAUACAUGCAUUCAUAAAAUAAAUACAUAAAUACAUUAAGCAAGUAUGGGUUCUAAUUUUAGGGCUUCCUGAAUAAAAGAUUUUUGUAAAAGCGAAUUCAUUUGAGAAUCUUAGGAUAUACAAAGAAAAAUAAUAAACUAGUAAUUGGAAGGGGUUUUGGUAUCCAUGAUCCCACCACCAUGACUGUAUGUCACUGUUAGGAUCGUAUAUCAACUGAUAUAAUAUUUAAACAUACUACGAGUAUACUGCGAGUAUAUACAACAAUUAAUAUUGAUAUUAUAAUGAAAUCGUUUAUUUCUCGUGCUCGUAUUUUGGUGCAUCGUAAAUUAGACGUUUGCGUAAAAAUACUUCUGUGUUAUCUGAGCAGAUAAUUAAGUGUUAAUAAUUAGCAUCUUGUAAAUAUAGUCGCAAAAGGAUAGUGUUCGAGCGCCGAUUACAAAAAGAUAAAAAAAAGAAAAUAAGUUCCGUUUUCAUUGAUAACACGAACAAAAAAUACCAAUUUAAUAAUCUAACAUACAAUUUAUACUGAUUUCAUCGUUUCGGUAUUAUUUUACGCUCUCUUUUUUUAGAUACCAAAAGAAAUACUCGCGCAGCGGUCUCGUAACAAUAUUGCAUUGGAAUUGGAUCCUAUAAUGUAUCUAAUGUUAGUCACAAAAAUAUGACGUAAUGUUUAUGAUCAUUAACAGCGAGGAAGCGCAGAUAAGUCUCUUCUGCGUGUAAUAUAUACAUAUACAUAACACACACACACAUACAUACAUACAUACAUAAAUACGAACAUAACAACAUAUAUAUCAAUUUAUUUAAUUUUAAUGCGACAAUUUGUUAUCCGCAAACGUAUGAGAAGAGCAUUUUACCCCGAUAUAGAAUCGAAUAAAUUUUAAUCGAUUUGAAUACGAUGACGUAUUCGUAAAUAAUUCAAGAAAAAAAAAAUAAAUAAAUAAAUAGUCGAGAAACAUUGACGAAAAACUUUUACGUAAUAUUAUCGAUCCAAGAGAAAUGGCAUACAUACAAAAAAAAAAA